GCCGUGUUGCUGUUGGCUGCUGCCGCUUUCGCGAGGGUGGCGAAGAAAAAAUCGCCGAGCACGCGCUCAGUCGCACUCUCGCCCGCUUUUUUUUUUUUUUGUUGGUCGUGCGCGUUUUCGAAGCGAGUCGUCGACGCGGUGGAUCGCCGAGGCGAGUACAGUGUCGGGCGACGCAGGAACGCGGUGGCAUUUUCGAAGAUAGGAACACGGGCUGCUGCGUCCGCCGUUCGCCGCCGUAUCAAGAAGACGGCGACGACGUCGCCUGCAUCGCGUCGUCGCGGCUCGAGGGCUGGCCGUUCGCCAUCGUUGCCGCCGCGCCCUCCCCCAACUCGUCGAGGUUCGACGUUCUCUCGCGCUGUGCGCGCUCCGGCGAGCGGUCGUCGCGACGGCUGCGGAAUGGUGGCGUUCUACACGUUCGGCAUGCUCGACUUGGAGCAGCUGGUCGCCGAAGUGGAAAAGCACCCGCUGCUCUACGACCCCGGGCAUCGAGAACAGAGGGACUUCUUCAAGCGGGCGCAGGCCUGGAGGGCCAUCGCGAAAGCUAUGAACACCACGCCUUCGGCCUGCAAGAGGCAAUGGAGAAGCGUGCGGGACCGGUUCGUGCGAGAGGAGAGGCUGUCCAAGCUGCAGUCGGAGACCGAGGCUGACCGCCUCGCAAAGUGGGGUCUCUACAAGCACCUCGGCUUCCUCGUCAAGGCCUACCAGAGCCGGCAGAGCCUCGGCGAUGCCGCAGGUUCCGAGAACAAAGCUGUCGUCGUUGACCAGCGGGGACCCUCGCCGGCCGUGCAGUCUGUACAGCCUCUGCAACUGCAAGCCGUCCAGUUGGUGCAGACUUCGGCAGGGGAAGGGGACAAAGGGGCGGUGGCCGCCGACUACGAGGCGGGAUCGGAGUGCGUCAUCCUGCACCCUGACGCCAUCACGCAGAGUGUCCUCCUCUCAAUGGUGAACAUGCCCUCUCCCGAAGAAAUCAUCAUCCCUGAUCAACCGUCGUCGAUAGACCUCCGGGACUCAACUAACUGCGGCACGACGUCGGGAAAUGGACAUCCCUCGGAGUCUACGCAACGUGCGCCUGUUGGAACGUUCAACUUCGUGACUGUCAAGCAGGAGCCGCCAUCCUGCGCUACGUCAGAAGACGAAACGGGAAGUGGCGAUACACUUCGCGACCGUUCUGCCCCUGCGGGCCGAGUCGAACUCUGCACCUAACGAUCCCUCAGUGGUGGCGCAGUCGUGGCGUCGCAAACGGAAGUCGAGCACGACGACCAAGCCGACUCUCAAGCGCUCACGCUGUGCCGACGGUGGCCCCGGUAUUGGUGUCGACGACGGCGACAACCGCGCU